GUCCAGUAUUCUGUCAGGAGACUACUCCUAAAUUCCUAACUAGAGAUAGCUACGAAUUUCUGCUUAAUGACCGCCACUGUUUAAAAGACUCAUUUAUUUCUUUUAUUUUUUCUUCAACUUUAAACUCAAACUUUUAUUUCGACCCUUUUUUCUUUAAAAUGUUCAAAUUUGAAUUUUUGAUAUUUCAGAGUUUCAGUUAAAAAUCCAAUAUGGCGGAUCAGACCGCUAGGUCUUUGCAGUACGAGUACAAGGCGAACUCGAAUCUUGUAUUACAAGCUGAUCUUAGGCUCAUCGAGCGAAGAGCAAAGGAUGAAGCUACAGGUGAAGUGCACUCCCUGGUGGGGAAAAUGGUGGGAACGAAGAUGGGAGACAGAUAUCUCCGGGAUAAACCGAAGAAGAGCGACGAGAAGAGGGAGAAGAGACAGAAGAGAGACGAGGCCCAGCAGAAGUUCAAGGGCGGGAAGGCCCAGCUGACCGACAAGUUGAGCGAGGUUGCCGGAGUAUUCUAUACACCCAAAACACAGGAGACUAAACAGACCUACGAGAUCCUUCUCUCCUUUAUACAGGAGGCACUGGGUGACCAGCCCAGGGAUAUCUUGGCCGGAGCAGCCGACGAGAUUCUUAUGUCUCUUAAGAACGAUAAGGUGUCGAGCAAGGAAAAGAAAAAAGAGACAGAGGCAUUUCUGGGCCCUUUGGCAGAAGAAAGGUUUGCACUGCUGGUCAACCUGGGGAAGAAAAUUACAGAUUUCGGCCAUGAUCCGAAUGUAAAUAAGGACGAGGGUAUAGAUGAGACCUACGGUAUACCUGUACAGUUUGAUAACUAUGAGGAGGAGGGGGAUGGAGAGGAUGUAUAUGGCGAGGUUCGAGGGGAGAGAGGAGAAGAUUCUGACGAGGAUAUGAGUGAGGAUGAACCAAUGCUAGGCGAGGAUACUGGAAUACGAGGAUAUUCGGAUGUCAAGUCUAGUGAUUCAUUCGCUAAAAAUGAGAAAGGUUUACAUCCUCUGGAUAUUGAUGCUCACUGGUUGCAGAGAAAGCUGAGUAAAUAUUAUGAGGAGGCAAUAACAAGCCAGAAGAAAAGCAUUGAGGUUCUGGAGAUCCUACAGAAGUCUGAUAAUCAGCGAGAGUUAGAAAAUCAGCUUGUUCUCCUUCUAGGAUACGAUUGUUUUGAUUUCAUCAAGAUGCUUUUAAAAAACAGGAACAUGAUAAUGUACUGCACCCUGCUGGCUAGCGCCCAGAGUGAGAUAGAGAAGACGUCCAUCCGCGCGAAGAUGUCCCAAGAUCCCGACCUUGUAAGUAUUCUCAAACAGUUGGAAGGAGAAGGAGGAGAUGAAGAAGGAGCAGGAGGAGGUUUACAGAAAACAUCUAAAGGAGGGAAUCGUGAGAGUCAAAUGUGCGAGGAGGUUGCUAGGUGGAUGAAGCAGAAGAAAGGAUAUGAGGAGGUUCAUGUCCCUGCUCUUAAACCUAAACCGUUUGGUGCUGACGAGCAAUUGAGAGUUACCAGCAUGACCCAGCCCGUCUUCAAGGGAUUUAAGGCUAUCAAUAGAAUACAGUCCAGGCUCUACAAAGCCUGUAUGGAGUCUGACGAGAACCUGCUGUUGUGCGCCCCGACAGGCGCUGGUAAGACUAACGUGGCGCUGCUGACAAUGCUCCAUGAGAUCGGGAAGCAUGUGAACGAGGAUGGGAGCAUCAACGCAGAUAAUUUUAAGAUUAUCUAUGUUGCGCCUAUGCGGUCUCUAGUACAGGAGAUGACAGGAAACUUCGGGAAACGUCUGGCAAAAUAUAAUAUUACGGUUUCUGAACUGACAGGGGAUAAUCAGUUGACCAAGGAGCAGAUUGCACAGACCCAGAUUAUUGUGUGUACCCCUGAGAAGUGGGAUAUUAUCACCAGGAAAGGGGGGGAAAGAACCUACACUCAACUCGUCAAACUCGUCAUCUUUGACGAAAUCCAUCUUCUUCAUGACGAGCGUGGUCCUGUAUUGGAGACUCUAGUUGCUCGAUCCAUUAG